AGGCUGCGCCUGCGCUGUGUGGCCGGAUAGACCCGAUCGGGUCACCCUGAGUGCAGACUACGCCGAGAUGCUAACCAGGUUCCUGGGCCCGCGCUACCGGGAACUAGCGAGGAAGUGGAUGCCCACGGUGAGCCUCUGGGGCACCGUGGGUGCUGUGGGGCUGGUGUGGAUGACCGACUGGCGGCUGAUUCUGGACUGGGUGCCUUACAUCAAUGGCAAGUUUAAGAAGGACGAUUAAUCAAAGCGACCGUCCGAGGACCCCUCUGGCAUCCGGUGGUCUGGUGGUGCCAGCUCCUACCAACGUAGCGCCUGCUGCAUCAGGAACGGCCCACGCCCUCCAGAUGGACCCCAAGGAAGUCCACAGCGCUACUUAAGAUGUCUCAUGUUUCAAAAACAGCUUGGAUGUUUUAAUGCAUGUAGCAUUAAACCUCACUGUGAGACCUGCCCCCCACCUGGGUAUUGAUCAUGCUGCUGACGCAGUUACUUGGGCUGCAGCCUCAGUGGCUCAGGUGAUGCAUGGGUCCCUUCAGCUCCAAAAUGUUGCAAAUCCAGGCGAGUUGUCCAGUGGCCGGCAGAAAUUGUUUGACUAUUUAAAACGUUUAAUGGAUAA